AGCGCCUCCGUCUGUCCUGUAGGUUCAUUCAAUCUCCCAUACACACAGACCCACUGCGAGACCGACACACUCACAUACACUCACACACACAACUGCACGCAGCGAGGCUCGGGAAGUCAAGUCGCCUCCUCGCCUCGGCGCCUCCUCCGCUCCAGCCAGCCGGGUCUCCUCUGGGGACCGGAGCUCGGCCGGGCAGCGCAGCCCCAAAAAAGGACGAGCUCCCCGGACCCCGGUUCCUCCAUGGGCAAACGCGGGCGGCCGCGCAAGGAGGCGCGCUGUGAGGGCGCGGGGCUGGCCCCCGCCGCGCCCCCGGCGGUGGCCGCGCCCCAGCCCCCGGCCCAGCCCGAGGAGCCCGCGGGGACCAAGCUCAGGUGCCCCUUCUCGGACAUUUUCAACACCAGCGAGAACUCGAUGGAGAAGCACAUCAACACUUUUCUGCAGAACGUGCAGAUUCUGCUCGAGGCCGCCAGCUACCUGGAGCAGAUCGAGAAAGAAAACAAAAAGUGUGAACAUGGCUAUGCCUCCACGUUCCCCUCCAUGCCGAGCCCCGGGCUGCAGCAUUCAAAGCCCCCAAGGAGAUUGAGCCGAGCACAGAAACACAGCAACGGGAGCAGCAACACCAGCACUGCCAACAGGUCUACACACAAUGAGCUGGAAAAGAAUCGACGAGCUCAUCUGCGCCUGUGUUUAGAACGCUUGAAAGUUCUGAUUCCACUAGGACCAGACUGUACCAGGCACACAACACUUGGUUUGCUUAACAAAGCCAAAGCACACAUCAAGAAACUUGAAGAAGCUGAGAGGAAGAGCCAGCACCAGCUAGAGAACUUGGAACGAGAACAGAGAUUUUUAAAGCGGCGACUGGAACAGCUGCAGGGUCCUCAGGAGAUGGAACGAAUACGAAUGGACAGCAUUGGGUCAACUAUUUCUUCAGAUCGUUCUGAUUCAGAGCGAGAGGAGAUUGAAGUGGAUGUUGAAAGCACAGAGUUCUCCCAUGGAGAAGUGGACAAUAUCAGUACCACCAGCAUCAGUGACAUUGAUGACCACAGCAGCCUGCAGAGUAUUGGGAGUGACGAGGGUUACUCCAGUGCCAGUGUCAAACUUUCGUUCACUUCCUAGAACCCAGCAUGACAUAACAGUGCAGGGCAAAAUAUUCACUGGGCCAAGUCAAUCCAAACAAUCUCUUAAAUUGGGUUCAUGAUGCAGUCUCUUUAAAACUAAACAAAGCUAUACUUGAACAAAAGGGUCAAAAGACCUCUAUUUAAGCAAUUACUUAGCAAAAAGUGGGGCCGAGCCUCCCCAGCAGAACAAAUACUCAUAAUAUUCAUAUUUGAAAAUCACAGUUUCUAAUGGCAGCAGAAAACUUGGAGAAAUUUUCUUGAUUUAGUUGAUUUGAAAGAGGACAUUGGAGAUUGUCCUCUUUUUCUUCUGCAGUUUGCUUGUAAUACAUGAGUAGACACAAUUUAAGGAUGGGGUUAUGAACCCUUCCUGAGUUUUAUGGUCCUAAAAACAAAAUCAAACCUAUAGUAAUGGGAAGACAGGAUAAUCAGGCGUUAACUUGGAUAGCCGAACAGCUAUCAAAACUCAGCCUGGGACAGCUUCUCAUGAAGCCUGUGGAUGAUCAAUUCUUGAAAAAAAAAAAAAAAAAAAAAAAGGCAAGCUCAUUUCAUGCUCUGCAAAAGGAGACUCCCAUGAAGCCUUUUGAAAGGGAUCAUCAUGCAGCUCAGCUUUCUGUUGGAUUCCAUGCUAAGCAAGCUAACCGUAUCCUGCAUUGUUAGCAGUAGGGCACCCGACCGCCAGCUCGACAGUCAGCUGCCCCAGGCCCUUGGGCUGCACGGGGCAGUCUGUGUCUAAUAGCCUCUACCACACAGGGCCUAGGAAUUCGGAUUGAGGGGCCAGAAGGAAAAAGCUCUCCAUGCCUCUGUGUCUGCGUGGGCCAGAAGAAUUGUGCACGCAGAUUAGCAGGCCAAGGUCUGAGCCACGGCAGCAUUUUUAUUUCAGAUUUUGAUAACUGUUUGUAUGUGUUGAAAACCAAAAUGACAUCUUUUUAAAGCUUGUCCAUAAAAAAACAUAGAUGUCUUUUAUAGUGGAAAAACACAUGGGAAAAAAAUCAUCUAUUUUGAUGCAGCAUUUGAUAAUGAUAAAACACCUCACACCUCACUCUUUAUAGUGCACAAAAUGAUUGAGGUCUGGGCUAGGUAGAAAAAAGGUCAAUGCUGUUUUUAUUUUCUUUUAGAAUCAUUACCUUUUACCAGCUUUUAACCAUCUGAUACCUAUAGUAGACACACUAUAAUACUUAACGUAGUUAAGUUCAGCACUUGUCUCAUUUUAUUGUGAAGAUCUGCGUCCAUUCUCCUACAGGCAGUCUCUCUCCUUCCUCACAGCCCCACUGUGCAGGUGCUAUUGUUGCUCUUAUACCUAUUUCCAGAAAUGUUUUAAGUGAAAUUUCUUUUCUAGCCUGCACUUUGACGUCAUGUGUUCCCUUUGUCUUUCAAAAUCCAAGAUGUUCUCUACUCCCCACCCCCAACCCCCUUUACCCCAGGAAGCCUUCUUGGACCCCUUACCCCUGGCUCUUUGGACUUUGUAUACUUUGAAUAAUUUAACUACCCUUAAUUACUUAAAAAAAAAAAAAAGCUUUAUGAUUUUCAUAACUUAUUGCUGAUUUUAAUGGGUUGUUAAUUUCAGUCCUGUAGUUUUAUUUUGUUUAGAUAGGGCUGGCCAAGGAAAAAGAAAAUAAAGACAACCAUAUUUAGCAGUGCAGUUGAGUUGUGUGUAAUGUUAGACUAUCCUUUGUAAGUAGCACUUUAACAGCUUUCACUGCUUCUGUGUAUGAAGUGUACCAUCUUGGUCAUACACAAGGCCUCAGCAUAUACUUACUUGUUUUUGUGCUCUUCCUGUGCCUCCAAAAAUAUUUUAUCCUUGAUUGUGCUAUGUUUGAGUGGAAGAAAUUCUUUGAAGUAGAUGUGUGAAAAACUGCAUGCCUUUAGAAGCUCAUUAUUAGAACUUGCUACUUCAGGUGCUGGGGACUUAAUGAAAAACAUGAUAAAUUCAUUUCUCUAGCCCAGGUAAAUUAUUUCUGGUUUCACUUAUAAUUACUCCUGGCUGGGUCAAAAUGUUGCUCUAUGUAUUUGCUUACUUUUGACUUUCCUAAGGGAGACAGUUUAAAGACUCCGCUAACUACCAUGGUAAGUAAGUGGAAGCCAAGGAUUAAACUUCCAUUUUGUUAUUCCCAUGGCAUUCACUUGCAUCACUUGCCUAGGGCUGAAAUUUUGGACUUCAUUCAGGAGAACUUGAGGUGCUGCCAUUUUGUUGUUUAUGUACAGGUUGGUGGGCUGGGAAGCCUUUGUCACAAAUCUAUAGUACCUAUUUCAACUGCCCUCUAAAUUAUUCCUUCCCUGGGUUUGUUUUCCUUGUGGGAGGGGAGUGGAUUGUAUGAUGAGUAAGAAGUAUUAAUUUUUUAAAAGACAAAUCGACUUUGAAGAUAUAAAAGUUAAUUGCAAGAAAUAAAAAUUGUGAAUGAAGAAUACCCGAGUGCUUUUUGUACCACCCUUCUCUAUGAAGGAAAAAAUAAGAAUGAACAUCCACACCUUGAGAAGCAACAAUCUCCUAAAUGUUUGAUACACUACUUCAGUAGUCCAGAAUUAAUGGCAAUUUGAAUCAUUGCCAUUUCCUGUUCUAUAAACAAACAGAUGCCUUCUUGACUGAUAACUCCACAUAACCUAACUGCAGAUGGUUUAACGUACCCGAUAAUCUUAACUGCUUCAGGUAGGACACACAGCCAUUUAUUAUCUGUUCUUCAUAACUUUUUAGGGUAUCCCUUUGGCUACAACGAUCCAUUUAAAUUUAAAAUGUCUGGAAGUUCCUGUUUAGUCCCCACCCACUAACCUGAGUUAAGGUACCCUUUUUGUAAGAUGCCUGAGUAAUAUAUUAAUAGAUGGGGGUAAAUCUUCAGUGCAUAUUACCAAAGAAGAUUCUGAAGGAGUCAGACUGGUUUCUGAUUAGAAUAGGUAUGACAACUCUGGUAGAAAUGCCUUUUCUAAUCCCCAUGACAGUGACAGCUUUUAGCAUUAUGAAAGGAUUUUAAAAGGCAGUGAAGAUUAUUGAGGCAAAAUUUCCUAACGUAAGGCCACAUUGCCUCCUGGGUCAUUUCUCACGAGAAAAGUGUUUAACCUCUUGGGGAAGGUUCUUUGGUAAGUUUUCUUCCACUUAAAGAAGCAGUAGCUGCCUUUCUUCCCUUUCUUUUAUUAUCCUUCCACCUCAAAAAUUCCAUACUCCCUACCAACAAUAGCAUAAUGUGGGAAGAACAGGGUGUUUUGGGUCACACUUAAAUCCCAGUUCUAAUAUUUGCUAAGGACUCUGGGCAAGUUAAUUUCUUCAUGGAGCCUGUUUCCUCCUAAAAAGUUGUUAGAGAUACUACCUCUAUCUUGAUAGGUUUUAAGGAUUAAAAUAUAAAUCCCCACACAUACUCAAUCUAGGAGUUUGUAGCACCAAAAGAAAAUAAGAGGUUUGUACUUCUCCUUUCUCUGACGAAUGCAAUCUUCUAAUUUCUUUAUCCUUAAUCUUGAAUUUUAGUUAUUCUGACUCUGGGUCUUGCAGAAAAAGACUAUUUCUAAUAAAAUGGUUCAUUUUCACAGAAUUCCAUGACAGGUUAUACUUUGUAAGAAGUCAAUUUUGAUGUCCUAUAGAUUUUUUUAAAUAAAGACUUUGUAAGA